GAUUUAGACUUUCUUGCAAACAUAUCUAACGGAAAAUAUGUAACUCCAUCAGACAUUUUUACAGCUGCUAAAUUGGGGAAUAUUGAAGGUCUGGACACUGACUCAAUUUAUUGCAAAACUAGUAGUCGCCUUACUGCGCUAAUGUUAGCUGCUGAAGACAAGAAUUUGCUAGCAUUAACAAGACUACUAAAAGCGGGUGCUGACCCCAAUGAAGUUAGACUUCGAGUACGUGUACGAGAUAUACAAACUCCCAUUCGUGUCACAGCACUAACCAUAGCAAUAAAGAAUAAUGACACGAAAUGUGUAGAAGAACUGAUCAGGGCUGGAUGUUUCUUUGAUUGUGAUCGAGGAUUGGAGGCUUUAGAGAUGGCAAAGAAUGAACGCUUUAUGGCUGCUGUUGCCGAAGGCGAGAAAGCUAUGCAGAAAUAUCUUAAACACAACUUAGACCAACGUGGGACCGCUUUUUAUGUGGCUUUUACUAAUGAACGUAUUGAUUUGCUCCAAGAUUUAAUAGACGCGGGGGUUUCUUUCAAUUUAAAAUCAUUAACUUUUGAGGAUGAAGCGAAAAAGGAAGCUCUGAUUACCAUGCUAACACUUUCAGCUCUAAACAAUCUCAGGGGAAAAGUUGGAAAUUUGGAGACACUGCUGACACAGGCCGUACAAUUGCAAGAUAUAUCGAUUGUAAAAAUUCUAAUUGAAAAAUACUCUGAUCUUGAUAUUGUAAAUUUCUGUAAAAAUAAAACUCUUCAAGUCGCUUGCAGUGGCGAAAGUGUUGAGCUAAUAAACGCACUGUUGAUUGGGGCUAAAAUGGAAGCGGUUAGUUGCUCUCACAUAGAAAUAGUUGAACUGCUUGUAUCAUCCGGCGCGGAUGUUAACUGUAUUGAUGAAGACGGCAGUACAUUACUUAUAAAAGCUGUUCAGUCAAAACAAAUGGAGAUCGUCAACUUUCUUAUAGAAAAGAAAGUAAAUAUCGACCAAGCAGAUGAUUCUCAGAGUACAGCUCUUCAUUAUGCCUGCAGGUCAAAUAAUCUGGAAAUAGUAAAAUUACUUGUGAACGCUGGAGCUAAAUUUGAGGGCUAUAAUAAUGAAAGUUAUACACUUUUCUCUGAUGCUUGUAAGGUAUCAAAUAUAGACAUGAUGAAGCUUCUUAUCUAUGCAGGCUCGAAUAUAAAUUGUGUAGAUAAAUAUCAAAGAACGCCUCUCAUAAACUCUAUUAAAGAUCACAGCAUAAUUCUCAAGAACUCUAUUAUAGAACGUAACUUUGCCACCACACAAUUUUUGUUAGAACAUGGAGCUGAUAUAUCAAUGGUGGACAUAGACGGAAUGACAGCCUUGAUGUGGGCAGCUAAAACAAAUAACGAACAAGUCUUUGAUCUUUUGCUUGACCUUAAGCCCGAGGUCAACUGUGUUGACCUAAAACAGAUGACAGCAUUAGCUUAUGCGGUGAUGAACAGUAACGUACAGAUGGUAGCCAAGUUAAUACAAGCUGGAGCUGAUGUUAACAUCACUUUCAGUCAUAGGGUAAAAUGUUAUAAUAUAUGUAUGUGUGGAACUGAAGAAAACGUGAUAUGCGAGUCUCUAUGCACUCCAACAAUCGUCGCUGUUUUAAGUAGUGACUCAGAGCUUUUACAUUUGUUGAUUCAACAUGGCGCGAUUUUAGAUAUGGGCAAGUAUUUUGAGCUAAUGAUUGCUCUUGAACAUAGAAAUGUUGAGAUGUCAAUAGCUUUAUUAAAAUAUGGAGCUGACGCCAAUAUGCGUGAUACUAAAAAGACACCAACACUCACGAUAGCCAUAAAACAGGCUAUUGGUGGUUAUAUAUUCCAUACACCCUUAGUAAGCUCAAAAUCACAUUAUGGAAUACAAAAUUGGAGAGAUAAAAUAAAGCUUGUAGCUGAAUCAUUUUUAAACAAUGGCGCCAAUGUUUCAACCACCGAUAAUGAAGGUAACACAUGUCUACACGCAGCGGCUGAGUUGGGCGACGUGGAUGUCUUGGAGUUGUUUGUAGCCCACAAAGCUGACGUCAAUGUCCAGAACGCAAAAGGUGAGACGCCGUUUAUGAUGGCGUGUCGUCAUUGUGGUAACGUUGAGGCUGUCAGGUACCUUCUCACUGUUGGAGCUGAUGUAAUGUUAGUUGACGAAAACAAGAAUACAACCUUGCACCACACGAUGCUCAAAGGAGAUGAAUUAUUGUGUCGUUACGAGAAAGUGAUUUUAGAAUUGCUUCCAAUUACUAUUAAACAUUUAAUAGAAAACAAUGCAAACAUCCACGCAAGUAAUGGACAAAGUAACACAAACCUACAUUUGGCUGCGAAAUUCGAUCUCGACGCUUCGAUAAGUGCUUUGAUAAAACAUGGAGUAAAUGUAAAUUAUCAAAACAACGAAGGAAACACACCACUUUUCCUUAUGAAGAAACAUAAGUUAAUUAAUUACUUGAUUGAUUUUGGAAGUGACAUAAAUUUACAAAAUAAAUUAGGAGAAACACUUUUACACCAUGCCUUUAGUGUUGAUGUUGCACGUGUAUUAUUAGAAAUGGGAGCAGAUAAGGAAAUUCGCACAAAUAAGGGGCAGUCAGCUCUGAUGUAUGCCGCAGAAGCAAGUAAAUAUUCAUUGGCUCAAUUAUUAGUUGAACAUGGUGCUAGUGUAAACGUGCAAGAUAAUAAAGGAAAAAAUGCUUUGAUGAUUGCCAUUGAGAAUUAUGCCAUCAAAAGAAUGAGUGAUAGAAAAAAAAACACUGAAUUUUUAAAUAUACUUUUAGAACAUGGAGCAGAUGUGAAUGCAAGUGAUGCCACAGGGCAGACCGCUUGUAUGAUAGCCGCAAACAAAGAUUGCACUGAUUAUUGUUUUGAAGUUUUACCCAAACUCUUAGCAUAUGGGGCUGAUAUCAAUAAGGUGGACAGUAAAAACAGAACUGCCCUCGUUCAUAUUUUAUUAAAGAUUGAUACAAACAAGUUGUACUGUAUUUCAAAUAUACUAAAACUAGGCGCAGAUUUAGUAGUUGAUAAUGAGUACCGGUAUUUAGUCAAAAAAAUUAGUAAAAAAAUUGAAAAACAUAAAGAAUACGGGAGAACAACCAGUGAAGUGUCUCGACGAUUGUUUCAGUUUUGUCUUGUGAAUGGAUGCAUCAGUAGCGUACGCAGGGGGGGAGCAGGGGGAGCGGCCGCUCCCCCUCGGGCCAUUUUCAGCAAAGUGGCGUCUUUUUGGAAACUUUUUAAACUUAAAGUUUUAAACAUUGAUAUUUGUUAAAAAAUUAUUUUUAGUCGGCACAUCUCUGUAAAUCACAAGAUACAUUUUCAUGCAGCAGUUAAGCAUAGUAGUAAUAGACUAGUAGAGUCUACGUUCACAACACGUAUUAGCAGCUGCAUCAGUUUCUCAAUCUAAAAAUAACCAUUACGAUGCAUUGCAAUGUUUAAAAAACCUCUACGGGUAGUAGCACUUGGCAAGAUUAGUGUUAAGUUUAAGGCAAAUGUAUAAUGUAUUUGUUUACGAAUAAUUGAAUUAGAAAAUGUUACACAUAAAACUUCACACAUAAUUACUUUAUAUAUACAGUUUAAAUCGUGUAAUUAAUUUUUUGAAAUUACAAUACAGACAUAAAUACAACUGACGUGGCACCUCUAUUUAAAUUUACUUAUGGGCGAACUGCGUAGCGGUGGGUAAAUUAUGACAAGGUCAACAACGUCAUCACGAUGAAGUAGUAGUAUUAUGACAGUUUGGGCGAUAGUGAUUACGAUUACAAAUUUAUAUGAAACAAUAUCAACUUUAUAUUAAUUAUUAUUUUAGUUUACUAUAUCUAGAUCUAUAUUAAAUGUGAAUAAUGCUAUAUUUUGUAUUUAAAAAAAAACAACUCAAUUUUAACUAACACUGAUCGCACAGUUAAUUAUCCGCUCAGCUCAGUAGCGCAG